AAUUAUUGGGAUCAACUGGUUCUUAAUAAUAUACUACGUAGUUUUGAAAAAGUCUAAACCAAAACUAAUUCUAGCGAGAAAAUCUGGAAGCCCUAGAUUAUUAGCUAGUUUGUAAGAUGGAUUCGAUUGUUUCCAUUUGCCUUUGAGUUGUGAUUGCCGCCAUACAAAACGACACGAGCAAACCAUCCAAAUUAAAGGCCAUCGUUUAUGACAUCCGAUCGAUCAUAAGCUUCCAUCUGACGCGCGCGACAGCAUUUGCCGUUCCCGCUGAAUCUCGGAGACACAAGGGAAACGGUAUCAGCUGGUAUCAAUUGGACUACUUCGUCCCUUUAUAAGUAUAGUCGAAGUCCAAUUAGCUAGUCACUUGUCAAAAACAAGACAUCAAUAAUAUGGCUCGAAUCAAACGAGUUCCACUCAAAUCUGUAUCCAUGGAACUAAUCAAGCCAUCUUCACCAACACCACACAAACUCCGCCGCUACCCGCUCUCCUCCCUCGACCAACUCUCCCCCUCCGUCGCCAUGCCUGUAGUCCUCUUCUUCACCAACAACAACUACACUACCAAUACCCAAAGGUGCAACCUCCUCAAGCAAUCCCUGUCCCGAACUCUGACCCAUUUCUACCCUAUGGCAGGGCGCCUCAGGGACAACCUCUUCAUCGACUGCAGCGACGAGGGCGUCCCUUUCCUCGAAGCCCGAAUCGACAACGACACCUCGAUGUCAGAGUUUCUCCAGGAUCCCAGUCCUGGCCACCUCAACGAUUUCCUUCCUCUCAAAGUCGAAGAAGCCAACGACUUGCUCGCAGCUUUCCAAGCCACAUAUUUCAACUGUGGAGGAAUGGCACUCACAUUCCAGAUGUCACACAAACUCGGAGAUGGACUGUCCAUCUUCUUUUUCCUCACAGCGUGGGCUUCAAUUGCUCGUGAUUCGUCCAGUACUACAACUUUUCCUGAAUUCAAUUUCGCGGAGAUUUUCCCUCCCAUCAACCUCCCUGUUGGAUCUGGAUCCGUAGCUCGGCCUGCUCCUUAUAACAAGGUUACAGCGAAGAGGUUUGUUUUCAGCGCCAGCACGAUAGCACACCUCAAAACAAGGUACGCAGAGGAGUCACUUAGGCCGACAAGAUUGGAGGCACUGUCAGCUUUCAUAUCGACCAGGUUACUGAAGAUCAGUAAUAAAGAAAAUAAUAAUGACGACGACCAGGACAAAAACAAGAACAAGAAGAAGAAGAUUUUCACUGUCUCUCACUCAGUGAACUUGAGGUCGAAGAUGGACCCACCUCUCCCCGAAAAUGCUUUCGGGAACCUCUUCACAUCGUGUAUAGCUGUCACCGAUUUGGACAACCAGCAGCAGAUUUUGAGGAAGAUGAGGGAAGGGACGAGGGCUGUGGAUGGAGACGCGGUGAGGAUGCAGCUGCAGCAAGGCGGUCGUGGGUCCGUGGUGAGUUCUCUGAAGGAGAAGGAGGUGAAAGGGGAGGUGCAGUGGGUGCCGUUUGUGUUCACCAGCCUGUGCAGGAUGCCCCUCUACGACGUUGAUUUCGGAUGGGGGAAGCCCCUGUGGUUCGGCGUAUCGGCCGAGUCGAGUUUCGUCAAUGUGGUGACUUUCGUGGACAGGAAGGAAGGUGGCGGGAUAGAGGCGUGGGUGAACCUGAAGGAGGAAGACAUGGCUGAGUUUGAGGCGGACGAAGAAAUAGUUGCCCUUGUUUCUCCAACUGCGCUCAACCUUUAGGAUGUACUUGAAGUGAUGUCGUUUGUUAGUUUCAUGAUUUCGUGCAAUGCAAGCAAGCGUGUAUCGGUAAAAUAAAAUAAAUAUUUUAAAGAGUAAUUGUCGUAAUGUUGAACCAAAAUUUAAAAUAAUUUUAUUUCAUUCUUAAUUAUUCUUUUCAUAGGUUUGUUAUUUACAAUAAUAUAUGGUCGAUGGAUUUACAUAAGGUAGAAGUUUCGUCGAAUAGAUUAUUUAUGUUUAA